AUGCAGAACUAUGAUUCCAACGAUGAAGGAGACGGAGCUUCAGCCCAGUUCAGAAGUCAGAUGGACCAAUUAGUUCGGGAAGAAGAUUUCUACCGAUUCGUAAAUAAUCUGAGUGAAGAAGAUUACAAACUUAUGAGGGAUAACAAUUUGCUAGGCAUCCCAGGUGAAAGUACAGAAGAAGAGUUGCUGAGAAGACUUCAACUAAUUAAAGAAAAUCCACCACAAAAGUCAGAUGAAAACACAGGUAUAGAAGACUCUUCAGACGAUAUGUCUAGUGAUGACUCCCUAAUAUACUUGCUUAACUGUUAUGACGAAACUGAAGAUGUGACAAGCGAACAAAGAGAAAAUCAAUCUUGGAGAGAAAUGGGCCAGAUUAAUCCAAAUAGUGAUGAUUUCAGAUUCAAUCUAGAAGUAAAUUUUAACCUUAACAAUGGGAGCCAAAAUCCAGACAAUGAAUAUGUAGCAUCUAGAGGAGAAAAUAUGGAAAACAGCCAAAGGCAAGGAGAAAACCCACAAUCUGAAUCAUUAUUUACAAGACCAUCUAGAUCAGAACAAAGUACAAGUGAAGCAUUAAUGGAAGUCCCACCUACCAGAAGUCAGAGAAGAGCAAGAAGUAGGACCCCAGACCAUCGGAGAACUAGAGCAAGAAUUGAAAGUAGGACACCUCCAAAUUCACCGAGGGAAAUUUUACAAAGAUUUCAUCAUGAUAUUUCAUCUCUGACUUCUGAGCAGCCUCUGGUAAAUGAGACUGAGAGAUUUUCUAGAACUGAGUACCAUGAAACAUUGCGACAGCAAAUAACUGGACUUGAAUUGCAAAAUAGGGAUCUUAUUGAUACUUCUAAAACAAGGAAUGCCAUUCAUGGAGAAUGUUCUCCAGACACAAGCAGCAAUAGUGAGUCUUGGGGAUUUAGAGAAAUAAAUCCAACCAUACCCUUCAACCUUGAAGUAGGGCAAGUUUAUCCUGGAGUAUAUUCUCAGAGAGGCAGCAUAGCUAGUAGAACAUCUGAGACACCAAACAACACUGUCACUUUAGAAAGUGAACAAGGAGGACUGAGGCGUAUGUUUUCACAUUCCGAGCAGGCACAUGUGAGAGCUUAUGUUAAUACCAUCAGUAAUCCCAUUCAUAGAAUUUUAAAUACUACUUUAAAUGAUACAACAUUUGUUCCAAUUCAGAGCACGUCAAGACAGCCAAUGACAGGAUUUAGUGACUCAAGUAACCUCAUGGAGAGUGACAGUAAUUUAGAGCCUAACAUCUCACCUCCAAGUGAAAACGCGGAAAGGGCAGAGUCACCAAAUGGAAGAGAUGGUUCUAAUGGUAGUAAUAGUAGAUCUGAUUCCAAUUCAAAUCCUAGCUAUGAUUCCCAUUCAAGUUCAACACUGAUUUCUAGUUCAAGCUCCAAUUAUAUGUCUAGUUCUGGUUCUAGUCCUAUUUCUGAUCCCAGCUCAAAUGAUGCAAAUCCAGAAAUUAACUCACUGAUAUUUGAAGGCAACGAAGAAAGAAGCUUAUCAUCUGGCUUAUCAACAGUGGCCAGGCGAGAGAGUAGACAAAUGACCCCAGUAAUAUUUGAUGAAAGUGACUCUUGGCCCUCCCUUAAUCUGGACCAGAUAUUCUUCUUAAAUGAUGAUGAUCUAUACCAACCUACAGGACUCAGCAACGCACAGAUCGACAACUUGGCUGUAACAUCUUUCAGUGAAAAUGAUGCAUUAAAAGCCUGUAGCAUUUGCAUUAUGGAGUACACAGAAGGCAACAAGCUUCGCAUCCUACCUUGCUCCCAUGAAUAUCAUGUUCACUGCAUUGAUCGCUGGCUGUCUCAGAACUCUACCUGUCCUAUUUGUCGUGGGCAAGUAGUGGAUUCCAGUGAGAGAGAAAAUUCUAACUAA